AACAACAACCACAACAGCAGCAACAACAACAACUAGCAAAUAAACGGUAUUUGUGUUUUGUUAAACCAAUCCCCUGCCCUGCGCCAACCCCGCCACUGCACACCUACGCCCUUGCCCUGUAACGGUAAAUGUUGUUGCGAAAAUAUUCAAACUGUAAAAUGUGUAGCAAUUGUGAAAUGUAACUGAAAAACGAAUAGAGAAGAACUGCAAAACAGUGUGUACACAAAUUCGAGUGGAAAAAACUUAAAAACAAAAGCUGUCGCACACACGAAAGUCAAUCAGUCAAUCAAUCAAUCAAUCGAACGGUAAACAAACGGGCGCAGGCGUCGCGCAGCUGAAACCAUGAAGUGCUGCGUAAUAAUUAGCUCGCUAAUGCUGCUGUCAAUUGCACAGCACAUUGGCAGCGUCGAGGUGCACUUCGAGGCACCGGACAGCGGCUUCUUUCUGAAGCACGCGCGUCAACCACCUGUAACGCCGGAGAUUGCCAAUGUGCCGAGCUCCUCCUCGGUGCCGCCGACACGUAGCCGCAUCUCAUACGACUCGGUGCUGUCGCUGGAUCGCUUCACUGUCGUGGAGACCACACAGCCCGUCUCCAUACGCGCCAGCUACGGCCCGUUCUCGACCAAGCAAACGGUGCCCGCGCGCUACAUUGUGCCGGACACCAUGGACACCAACCAGGCGGGCGACUAUGUGAACAACUCGACGGCCACGCUGCUGGAGCUGCAGCAGCCGAACAUGCAUCUGGACAUCUCGGCGCAUCUGGUGCGCGGCAGCGUCUCGCAGGAUUCGCCGGUGCUGCGCGUGCUCUUCCAUGCCGGCGCCGAUCCCGGCGGCCAUUUGCAGCGACAAAAGGUCUGCGUGCUGCUUCACGUCGCCAUGGCCAAUGAACAACCCCUGAAGGGACGCUGCAUGCCCGAGGGCGAGGAUGGAGUCUGCGUGGCCGAGGUGGUCAUACCGCUCAGCUGGUGGCCAGCGCUGCCGGCGCCUCGCCACAGCCGCGAUGCCAGCAGCAGCAGCAACGGCGCCGGCGGAGGUGCGCCUGGACAGAUCCCGCCGAAGGUGCCGCAACGCUAUGCUCAGGUCUCGUACAGCGUGUUCGAGCCGCCGGUGCGCAAUCCGGAGCAAUGCGAGCCGAAGGUGCAGAUCCAACCGUUGACAACAUUCGCUCAGGUGCCGCUGCUGGCCGCCAAGACGCCGUUUAAGGAGCUGCGCGCCGAUGAUUCGGUCACAUUUCUGCUGCCCCAGCAUCCGCUCUAUCCCAUGUCCAAGCUGCAUGUGCCCGUCUAUCUGCAUCAGUAUGCGGAUCAGGAGCAGCGCGUCGCCGCGUUUACGGUCCGCGCCCGCGUCAAGGCCGGGCUGCGCAUCAUGGGCGCCAGCGCCGCCAGCGAUCAGUGGAGCAUUAGCAUCGAAAAGGAGAAUCCCAAGCAUACGACGGCUCGUGUAACCGCUUUUCGCAAGGAAUCCUCCGAUUCCUCCUCCUCCUCCUCCUCCUCCUCCUCCUCCUCCUCCACCGCUGCCGCCGGCAACACGGACGGCAGAGGCAACUUUACCAGUAGCAGCAGCGCCAGCAACGAGGUGUACGAGGUCUUCUCCUGGCUGCUGGAGGUGGCCGACGAUCCCAACGACAUUUUGGACGGGGGCAAGAUCGUCUGGUCCGUCACACAUGUCUACGAUACGCCCAAGGACAAGGACUCCUCGGAGCUGAUUGCUACGGACGAUACCAAGAAACGUCUGAUUGCCAAGCUGGAGAUCAACAAGGACGACAUUCAGGCGGUGCUGCCCAUGGCCAAGAUCUGGGAGGUGAUGAACACGGCGGUUCUCACUGGCCGUCAGGUGGCUCAGGCCAUGAAGGUCUUUAUUGUCUCGCAGGCGGGCAAAGUGGCCGAUGUUACCCUGCAGAGCUCCUGCCAUGCCGAGGACGAGAGCGUCAUCAAGGUUUCCUCGUCGUGCAGCUCCGUUUAUGUGGAUGGCUCCGAGCAGCGAGGCUCGUCCAAUGCUUCGGUCAUUGUCAAGUAUGGCACCUAUGUGGGCGUGGCCAAGUUCAUUGUCUGGAUGCCCGAAUUCCCGCUUGAAGUUUACAUAUCCGACUUUCGUCUAUCCCAAAUUAAGGGCUGGAAAGUAACCGACGACAAUCACUAUCUACACAACAAACAAUCCAGACGCCGCAAGAAGCGCUCGUAUAUGUGGAACCCGAAGGGCAGCAGCUACUACAACAAUGUCGGCGCCGAGAAGACCAUCUGUCGCGCUCGCUAUCAGCAGAGUCCCGUCGAGGUGUACGCCAAAUUCCUGGCCAUCGAUCAGAACUCUGGACGCAUUAGCUACUUUAUCUCACGGCGCACGGGACUGCGCGUCACGGACUUGGUGCAGCCGCUGCUGCGCGUGGCAGAUCCAAAGAUCGCCUCGCUCAAGGGCCGCAUACUGCAGGGCAAGUCAAUGGGACGCACCGAUGUGCAAGUGCUCUCGCCGAUCACGGGCCGUGUCAUUGGCACCAAGGAGAUACGCGUCGGCAGCGACAAGGUGAAUCUCUCCAAGCUGAUUGUGCGCGUCAUAUCAGGCCUGCAGUUGACCAUCACGCCGGAAAAUGCCAUCGAGAACGGCUACCUGGCCGAAACAUCCGUCACGCACAAGCUCACAGCACAGUAUCAGGAGGGUCUGCUCGACAUCGAUCUCGAGUUCAACGAUGGCUCCAAGACGCCGUUGCGCGACAUUGCGGUGGAGGACUAUUUCCUGCUGGUGGAGAGCCUGGACACGGAGGUGGUCGCCUUUGCGCCGAUGCUGGCCUCGCAUCAUCCGCGCGUCAUCGCCGUCGGCGAGGGCAAUGGCAAUUUGCUGCGCGUCACUUUGCUGCUGUCGGAGGAAUGCCGCAUGCGACGCGGCCCUGGCGCCGGCUCGUCCUCCUCCUCCUCCUCGUCGUCUUCGGGGGGCAGCUCCUCCAAGCCGAACAAGCCGAAUGCGGCGCCGCUGGCGAGCGCCCUGGCCUCCAUUGAGGUGGACUUCAACAAUGUGGACAUUGUCAGCAAACAGGAGUCCAUACAGAACGACGGCACCGUCGGCCGCGAGCGCAAAAACUAUCGCAACACCGGCGACCUGGCGGACAUCAUAGUUGGCAUACCGCUGCGCGACUCGAGCCAACAAUACGAGCCCACGGUGCAGGCGCGCCAGCAUCGGGCCAGCAUUCAGGCGGUGCACAAGACGCACUACGGCAGCCGGGCGGGCGGCAUUGGCAGCGGCAACAUGUCCUCCAUGGAGCUGGGCAUGUACGUACUGCUGACGGCCUUCUGUUUUGCCAUCAUUGUGUUUGUCAUCUCGUGCGUGGUGUAUGCCUCCAAGUUCCGACCGGCCAUGAUUGAGUCUGGCCUCGAUCCGCUCUCUGGCGCUGGCAAGACCAGCGGCAAUGCUGGCGCUGGCGGCUUUCGUGAUGUGCGCCUCAAGGAGUCCACUACCAAUGCCCACGACUGGGUCUGGCUGGGACGCUCCACCAUUGACAGACACUCGCUGGCCGUCAACGACACCGUCAACAAUGCCCAGCAGCCGCAGCCCCAGCAGCAGCAUAUCAAUGCGCGCGAUUCACGCAUGCGCAUCACCAGCAACCCGAUCAUCAAUUACGACAACGGACGGCGAGUCAGCUCCUUUGACCAGCAGCAGCCACAGCAGCAGCCGCCCAAGCUGCAGACGCACAUUGUGCCGGCAUCCAAUCUGAACAAGAUCCACACCGACAACUAUCUGCCUGGCAAGGACGCCGUCGCUCCGGAAUACAAGCCGCCUGUGCCGCCGCAUCGCAAUGUUGGGACACGCGCCCUGUUGCCGCCACAGCUGCCGCAGUCGGCGCCCGUCAAGGAAAAGGAGAUGAUCAACAAGCGUCACAGCCAGCAAUUCAAGCGCGAGCCGCUGCACAACGACAACAACAAUGCGACGCAGCAGCCGCCGCCGCAGCCGGAACGUCAGCAUCAGCGCAGUCAUAGCCAUAGCCACAAUUUUAUACAGGAGCCAGCGCUGCGCUUGGCACACAUGAAACUCAAGCAGCAUCAGCAACUGCAGCAGCAGCAGCAGCAACAGCAGCAACAACAACAACAGCAGCAGCAGCAGCAACAACAGCACGAGGAGCUGCACAAUGCCGAGAAGCUGGUGGAGUACACAAAUCCGCAUCAGAAGAAUGCAUUUCAAUUCGAUUCGCUGACACCAAAGAGAGUAACCAAAGCAGCAGCCGUUGCAGCAGCAACAGCAGCAGCAGCAGCUGCCACAUCGCCAGCCAUAACACAAAUCAAGGAGAAUCACAACCACAGCAUAUUGAGCACCGUUGCGGAUGCGGCCAAUUCGAAUGCCACCGAUGAGCUAGCCCGGCUGCCGACACCGCCGGCUCUCGGACAUGGCCACGCCCACAUUAGCAGCGAGCCAACAACAAAAUCGUCGCGCAUCAAGCGCGCCACAGUUGUUGGCAAUCCCAUGUUCUCGGCCACCGUAGACGAUACGCUGGCACCUGGCGAACGUCUGGGCCUGGAUGAUCUCGACAUGGAUUACGAACAGAUCAUGCACUACUUCGAUAAUCUAAAGGAGUCAAAUGCCUGAGUACAAGAGAUCAUUGCUAAAAUUCGCGAGAUAUUGUCAACAUUUCAUCAACGAUACCAGAAUGUCGUUACGCCCCUAACAACGCCCACGCGCAAGCAGAUCCAAAUGCUAGACGAGCUCGUCGCCGUUCGAAUUGCAGUUGGAGACGGAAAUGGAAACGGAAACGGAGACGGAGACAACGAGGCGAUGCCGCCGCCGCCUGAGCAUUGUCCAAAGCAAAAGUUUCAAAUUCCAAGCAAAUGCAACUAAAGGGUAACUUGUACACACACACACCACACACACAUACACACACAAGAAACGCAAUUCUAGCAAUCCAAAACCUAAAAGAAUACUCAAUACAAAAAUUGUACCCAGAGUUAAACGCGACGCUGAAAACAAGAAAUAUUUAUUGCCUAGACCUUAAGUUCAUACCAUAUAAAAAGCAUAAACUAUAUAUAUAUAUAUAUAGUAUAUAUACA